AUGGAUGAACCCCUCCCCGCGAACUUUCGAUUCCCCGCCAUCCAAGCAUACUCGGGGACGACCGACCCGCGUGAGCACCUGAACAGGUACAGCGACGCUAUCAUGUGCCGGGGUUUCCUAUCGACCCUAGACGGCCACGCUCAGGAUUGGUGUGGGUCCCUGCCAGAGGGGUCCAUCUCGACCUUCGCCGUCCUCACCAGGCGUUUCAUGUCAUACUUCGCUGGCCACAUACGGAAAAAGAAGCAGUUCGCCGACCUAUGUUUUUUGAAACAGAGGGGUUUGGAGUCCUUGGCCGACUUCCUCAGCAAGUGGAAGAAGGAGUCGAUAGGGAUCUCCAACUUCGACGACAAGGCGGCAAUACCCAUCUUCAGAAGCAACCUCAGACCCGGCCCCUUCCAUCAGGACCUCAUCCGAUACACCCCCAAGACCUACACCGAGUUGAUGGACCGCGCAUCUAGGUUCGCGGACGCAGAGGUAGCCGAGAAGAAAAAGAAGGAAGAGGAAGAGGGGAAGGAUCGUAAGGGCAAGGAGCCUCGAGAAGAGCGCCAGGCACCAAGGCUGCCCCGGCGCGAGGCCCCUCAGGAAGACCGCCGGGCACCCAGGCCUCCCCGCCGUGAGUAUGCCGAGGGGCCCAGGUUGACCCCCACGCGUUUUCUCACCCCGCUGACGCAUCCAGUCAGCACAAUCCUGGAGCAUGCGGAAGGCCAGGGGAUCGUGGAAUACCCGGGAGAGUGCAUGAAGAUAUCCCCAAAGGUAGACCACAACAAGUACUGCAAAUUCCACCGGCAGUCAGGGCAUGACACGGACGAGUGCAUCCUCCUCAAGCGGCAGAUCGAGGAGCUCAUCCAGAGGGGCUAUUUGGGUCAGUUCGUGCAAUGGCCUGGACAGGGCCAAGGUCAACAUCAAUGCCGCGUGUGGAGGAAGGGAGGCAGCUCCGAGCCCUCCACCUCCGUACCGCGCAAAAGGGAGCUCGGCCAGCUCACCGACGAGGAAGAAAGAGAACUAGACAACCCCCACCCCCAGAAGAAACAGGCCAUCCAUGUGAUCUUUGGGGGGCCUGAGGGGGGGGGGGGGGACACGCCCGCAGAGAGGAAGAAAUGGGCACGGAGCCUCUAUGUGGGCGAGGUCGUACGACCCCCACACGAGAAGAGGCCCCGGAGGGAGCCCAUCACCUUCACCGACGACGACCUCCCAGACGGCCCCCUCCCUCACCGAGACGCCUUGGUGGUCAAGAUGGAGAUCAAUGAGGUGGUCGUACACAGAGUAUUGGUGGACACAGGCAGCUCGGUGAAUGUAAUGUACCACGACACAUUCACCCAGUUGGGGUUAUCAAGGAAGUAG